AAAACGAUAAUAUGUUUUGCGUAAAACACGUGAAACACAUGUUUUGCUAAUAAAUGAAAUUGCGUUCAAAGUGACCAUUGUUUGUGAAUAUCAGUGACAAUGAGUGACACAAUCGACGCUAAAUCCAAACAGAAAAGUGAAGUGGGUCAGGACGCCAGAGAUCCCUAUGAAGACUUCGACUAUCACUAUAGGCGACAAAACUUCGGCGAACCGUUACACAAAGACUAUGAGAUCUAUACAUCCGAUCGACACAAUCCUAACGAAGUCUUGAGAUACACACCUCUUCAGAUGAUCGCUGCCUUUUUGGGCACAUUUAUGUUCUUCUAUGUCUGUUCCAUAACGGACUCCUAUUUCGAUUUGAGGAACUCCUGGCAAGUGAAACCCAAACAGUACCCACAGCCGGGUGUCGUUCACUACACUUUCGAGCCCUUAGAGUGA